UAUAUAGAUCUACAAAAUAAUCAAAAGCUUAACAUAUUCUAAAACUCUCCUCUUACCAAAAAAUAAAAAUAAAAAAUGGCAAACUAUGAUCGAGCAAAAGAUCUCAAAGCCUUCGAUGACACAAAGGCCGGUGUAAAAGGACUAGUCGAUUCAGGGAUAGUUCAUAUUCCCAAGAUCUUUGUUACACCGGCCUUAACAGAAAAUGAGUUCAGUGCUAAGAAUCUUGAUUCAGACUCAAACAUAGUCAACGUUCAAAUCCCAGUUAUAGAUCUAAAGGGUAUGAAUGGAGACGAUUUUCGACGUAGAAGAAUUGUUGAAGAGGUUGGUGAGGCAUGUAAGACUUGGGGAUUUUUUCAAGUUGUGAACCAUACUGUGCCACAACAUGUUAUGGAUGAGAUGAUUAGUGGAGUUAAAAGUUUUAAUGAGCAAUCAAGUGAGAAAAAGAUGGAGUUUUAUUCAAGGGAUAAUUUGAAGAAAGUGAAAUUUAAUAGUAAUUUUGAUCUUUAUUCAUCUAAAGCUGCAAAUUGGAGGGAUAGUUUAACUUGUGUUAUGGCUCCUAAUCCUCCUACUAAAGAUGAAUUACCAGAAGCAUGCAGGGAGGAACUACUUCAAUAUUCUGAGCAUGUAAGAAAGUUGGGCCAUACAAUAUUUGAGUUACUAGCAGAGGCACUUGGGCUUAAGCCCAAUCACUUAUUGGACAUGGACUGUGCAAAAGGCCAAUUCAUUAUUAGUCAUUACUAUCCACCUUGUCCUGAGCCCAAUAAGACUCUUGGAAUCACUAAACAUACUGACCCAGAUUUCUUCACAAUUCUCCUACAAGAUCAAAUUGGUGGCCUUCAAAUUAAUCACCAAAAUCAAUGGAUUGAUAUACAUCCUGUUACUGGAGCCCUAGUUAUCAAUCUUGGUGACCUUUUGCAGCUUCUAUCAAAUGACAAGUUCAAAAGUGCUGAGCAUAGAGUAUUGUCAAAACAAAUUGGGCCAAGGAUUUCAAUUGCAUGUUUUUUCACAACUCAAUUUCAGCCAUUUGAUACACUUUAUGGCCCAAUAAAAGAAUUGUUGUCUGAUGAAAAUCAUGCUUUGUACAAAGAAACAACAGUGAGAGAUUAUGUAUCUUAUUACAACUCUAGAGGACUUGGGGCUCACCCUUCCCUUCUUCAUUUAAGGCUCAAUCCAUCCAUUUGACACGUCUAAUAAAUGCUCGAAAUAUUGGACAUGUAUCUACUCCUUCAUGAUUUGGUUUUCGACUCGUGGAAUUAUCAUGUUUGUAGAUUGUGUUUCAAUCUCCAUUUCAAAUGAGUGUAAACAAAGAAGUGAAGAAGGAUUUAUUUAGUCAAA